AUGGCUUCCAUUACCAUUAUUGGCCCAUGCCGUAUAACUUGCAGUUCACAUCAUGUCACCAAGAAAAAACAGCCUCAAUCUGCAUGGGCGCGCUCUUUAGGGCCAAAGCAUGUGACUUAUGUUGUUACUCCAGAUCUUGAGGGCCGAAAAGGUUUUAACAUGGCAGAACAGCAUUUGAAGUCUCCUUUGCACAUUGAUAAAUCAAAGAAUGCGAAAGAUGAAGUGGAGAGUGGAUUAAAACUAGAACAUUCUGCGUCGAGAUUUACAGACGAGCGAUGGAAGCAUGGGACAUGGGAUCUAAACAUGUUUGUUAAUGAUGAAGCAAGGAGAAGAAAGUUUCUUGAAUUGUAUCCAGAAGCAUUAACAAACGAAGAACCAGUCCUAUUUCGGACUUCCAUCAUUCCUUGGUGGGCAUGGCAGAGUAGAUCUCAUCUCCCAGAAGCCGAGCUCCUCAAUGGUCGAGCUGCAAUGGUAGGGUUCUUCAUGUCAUACUUAGUAGAUGCAUUGACAGGGCUCGAUGUAGUAGGCCAAAUUGGCAAUUUCAUAUGCAAGGCCAGACUCUUGGUGACGCUCAUCGGCAUGAUGGUCUUCAGGCGAACCCAAGACGUUGAGAAUCUGAAAGGCUAG